UAUUUUUAAUUUUUCGCCAAGAAUUAUUUACAAUUAACAACUAUAAUUUUACCCUGAAACAAAACUAAAAGGCUAAAAAACCCAAAAGACUCUGGAACAUAAAUUACACCCCUAAAUUUAAGCCGCCUCACUUAUGAAUUCGCGCUCGCACUCUCCGACUCCGAAAUCCAGUCCCGAACUCAUUCCCAGAAGGCAGGACCCAAUCUUCCAAACGGCCAGAGCCAGACCAAUUACGCCUCCUCCCUCUCUCUGUCUCUCAGAUUCUCAAUUACAUCCCUACUCCGCUGCCCUCCCUCCCUGCUCUCUUUCACCCUUCGUCUCUGGACCCACCCCUUUCGGCGAUCCAUAGUUUCUAGACCCUUCGGCGCCCCCUUCCUCUCUCUGUUUCUCAGACUGUCAUUCUCUCUCCCCAUCCCAUCCCAGCAGCUGCAGGCUUGGGCUAUCCAUACUCUGCCAGCGUUUGAAGCAAAUUUAUGCAAAGACAAAGCCUAAGAUCUGCUGGAGGGCAAAAUGAGCUUCUCAUCACUCAUUUGCUUCAGGGAGUGACCAAAUUAUGUGCCAAGUACCCCAACGCCAUUACUAAGUUGAUUUAGGUCUCACGUGCAAUGCACAUUGGUCCUUAAUUAGUAGCACCGAGAAAGGAAGAAACUCAUAGCAAUUGCAAGCAAAGAGAAAUGAUCGUUAGAGCUAGAAAUCUUUCUCCAUCAAAACUCAAACCUGUCUCUUCUCUCUCCCUCUUCUUUUCAGAGCACUUCACUUCUACUACAUCAGCAAAAACUUUACUUCCACUAAUAGCCACAACUAAGUCCCAAAUCUCCAACAAGUCUCCACACCUCCUCUUCUUCACUAACCAUUUCUCUUUUCAAUCUACAGCCACACCAUCACUGCCAAAAAAGCUUCAAAAACAUCUGCAGAAGCAGGAACCCUCAUCUUCUAAAUCCUUGACCUUGAACCGAGAUGGAAACUAUGAUGCUGCUACUCUCCCCAAUGUUGUUUGUCCAGGAUGUGGGGUUCACAUGCAGGACUCCGACCCUAAACACCCUGGUUUCUUCAUCAAGCCCCCAACGAAGACAAAGGACCUGAUGCUCAAAACACAUUCUCGCCACUUGGAACCUGUGUCAAUGGAACAUGAAUUCACAGUCUUUCUCAAGAAAGGCCUGAUUUUGGAGGAAAAAGGUGAAAGCCCUGACCUUGAAGAAGAAAACCUAGACAAAGAAAUGCCUGAAAAACCUGUGGUUUGCACUAGGUGCCACUCAUUGCGCCACUAUGGCAAGGUGAAGGAUCCAACGGUGGAGAAUUUAUUGCCAGAAUUUGAUUUCGAUCAUACAGUUGGGAGGAGAUUGGGAUCGGUGUCUGGAGCUCGAUCAGUGGUGUUAAUGGUGGUUGAUGCAUCAGAUUUUGAUGGGUCAUUUCCUAGAAAAGUAGCAAAACUUGUAUCUGAUGUAACUGAAGAGAAUUAUACAGCUUGGAAACAAGGGAAAUCUGGAAACGUGCCUAGGAUUGUGCUUGUGGUCACUAAGAUUGAUCUUUUACCGAGCUCUUUGUCACCUACGCGAUUUGAACAUUGGGUGAGGCAGAGAGCAAGGGAGGGUGGAGCUAGUAAGAUUGCAAAAUUACAUUUUGUGAGUCCUGUGAGGGAUUGGGGAGUGAAGAGCUUGGUGGAGGAUGUUGUGGAGAUGGCAGGGUCUAGAGGGACUGUGUGGGCAGUGGGUGCCCAGAAUGCUGGGAAGAGUACAUUGAUCAAUGCCAUUGGGAAGUGUUUUGGUGGGAAGAUUGGUUUCUUAACGGAGGCGCCAGUGCCUGGGACAACUUUGGGGAUAGUAAGAGUGGAAGGGGUGCUGCCGGAGCAGGCAAAAUUAUUUGAUACUCCGGGUCUUUUGCAGCCGCAUCAGAUGACAACUAGGUUGACUGGGGAAGAGCAGAAGCUUGUUUAUGUUAGUAAGGAAUUGAAACCGAGGACGUAUAGAAUCAAGGCAGGUAACACAGUUCAUAUAGCUGGACUAAUAAGGUUGGAUAUUGAAGAGUCAUCUGUUGAAUCUCUAUAUGUUACAGUUUGGGCGUCUCCUUAUCUACCAUUACACAUGGGGAGAACUGAAAAUGCUCAAAGAAUACUAGAGGAUCAUUUUGGUCGUCAGUUACAGCCACCAAUUGGGGAGGAACGAGUGGAAAAGCUUGGCAGUUGGGUGAGAAAGGAAUUCCAUGUUUCUGGUAGUAGUUGGGAUUCGAGUUCAGCCGACAUUGCUGCUGCUGGUAUUGGUUGGUUUGCUAUUGGACUUAAAGGAGAGGCAGUAUUAGGGGUUUGGACUUAUGAUGGAGUUGAUGUUAUUCUUCGCAAUGCUUUGAUUCCUCAUAGAGCACAGGUUUUUGAAGAGGCUGGAUUCACAAUCUCUAAAAUUGUCUCCAAGGCUGACCAAACUUUGAAUAAGUCACAGAAGCAAAGUGAAAAGAAAAAGAAACAAAGUGACCAAAAAACAGCUAUUGCAGCUGAAUUGUAAUUCCAGUUCAAAGUUAUUGCUAAACCUGGCUGCAAAAGAUGUGUGUGAGUAUUGGAAGAUAAAAGACCCUGACAUGAACUGUGAGAGGAAAGAAAAAGUUAGCAACAAUCUCAAGCCACCUUUGAAGAUGCAGCAUCCUUUUCUGGAUCUUCCUUUCAGGCAAUGAUCUCUUUCAUAUUUUUUUGUUGGUGAACUAAGAACUGCACAUUCUGAAUAGAUGAGCUUAUGGAUACACCUGGUACACACUCUGCUCCUGCUCUAUUUUUUUUUGGCCA